UAGCAUUCAAUAAUUAAAAACAAUUAAAGCUACCAGCAAUAGAGUAGCAGAGAUAGCUAUCAUUAUAGGCAAUACAGUCAUCCUGUUUACAGGUAUUCCUUAACUUAUGAUUGUAAUGAGGUCUGUUCAGCCCAAUUUUGCAACCUUUUUGCUGCAGUUAUUAAGCAUACCCAUUAUUCACUACAGGCUGGUUUUACAAAAAACAUCAAAGCAUAUGCUGAUUAUUUUGGAAAAAACUUUGUUAAAAGCACUGAGAUGCUACAAAUGGCCACAAAUUUGGGCCAACUGCCCAGUGCCCAAAAUGUGAUCACAUGACAGCAGAAAAGGACUGAAUGUUGAUGCUGCAGCACUGGAUCACAGAAACUUUUGCUGGGAGGGAAGGCGUAUCUACUGUUUGCAGGCAACCCGCCUCACUUCAGGAGGGAGGAGGGGCUGAUGCAAGGCGUCUCCUCCCCCGUUGACGGAGAAGGGAACAGGAGAAAAAGGAAGAGCUGUGGCCUUUCGGGACCCGGUUAAGAUAAAAACCUCUGCCCGGGUUUCAGGCGCUUAGUUAACGAGUACGGGAGGAGUCGCCUCCGCUGCCUAGAGAAGCUCUACUCGCCUGGCGGCCGUUCACUUUCUGCAUUCCUCGGCCUUCCUGAGAAGAACCGGACAGAGGCCCUUCUGCUUGCAGCUCAGCCGCCGUAGAACCGGAGACAUGGUACCUGAAUUGCAGAAAAUAACUGUCCGGAUGAAGAAUCCCGAACAUGUAAAAAAUAUAGUUUCAGCACUCAGGAAAGGUGGAGCAGCAAGACUCCAGGUCAUUUCUGAUUUUGACAUGACCCUUACUCGGUUUGGCUUCAAUGGGAAGCGCUGUCCUACUUCGCACAAUAUCAUAGAUAACUGUCGGGUCAUCAGUGAAGAAGGCAGAAAAAAGCUGAAAGAUUUACUCCAUCAUUACUAUCCUAUUGAAAUUGACCCUUAUCGGACUAUGGAGGACAAACUCCCCCUCAUGAUUGAAUGGUGGACUAAAGCCCAUAACCUCCUGUCCCAGGAAAAGAUUCUGAAGAAUGAUAUUGCCCAAAUAGUGAAAGAAUCAGAUGUUAAACUCAGAGAUGGCUUCAACAUUUUCUUUGACCAGCUGCAUGAGAACAAAGUCCCCCUGUUCAUCUUUUCAGCAGGUGUAGGUGAUGUGCUAGAGGAAAUAAUUCAUCAGGCCGGUGUAUUCCACCCUAACAUCAAUGUGGUCUCCAAUUAUAUGGACUUUGAUGACAAUGGCAUUCUGCAAGGUUUCAAAGAGCCUCUUAUCCACAUCUACAACAAGAACAACACAGUCCUGAAGAACACAGAAUAUUUCCAGCAACUCUGCACAAGAACAAAUAUCUUAUUGCUUGGAGAUUCCAUGGGUGACCUCAGUAUGGCAGAUGGUGUUGCCGACAUGGAGAAUAUCCUCCGGAUUGGCUUCCUUAAUGAUAGGGUGGAAGAACGGCGGGAAAAAUACAUUGAGGCUUAUGAUAUUGUAUUGGAAAAAGAUGAAACAUUGGAUGUGGUAAAUGGUAUUUUACACUUCAUCCUUGCCCAAACUCUGUAUACGCCCUUAACUCUUGACAUCUAGUUUCCUUUUGCAAUAUUCCCCUCAGUGUUCUUUAAAUUUCCAUAAUCAUAGAAUAGGGCCCAGCUAACAUUAAUCUUAUUUUUACUUUUACUAUAUUGUUAAUUAAAAUGGCAUCACAAUUGUACCAAGAUAUCUACUAAUUUAACAGACAAUUUUUUCUUGGUCAAAUCAGACUCAUUUGACUAUUUAAAUAUUCUUAAAAGAACAAUAUGGAAGUGAUAUUGAUUAGACUUGUCUAUUAUCACUUCCUUUUUUCUCCUAAAGAGAAAUUAAUAGUAGUAAUAUGGUAUAGCCCACUUUAAGAUACAUUGCAAUUAUUGAAAUAAUCUUGCUGUGGGAAACAAUUUGGUAUUAUUGUUGAUGCUAUUUUAAUGCAAAUGACUUGUGGAAUGUGGGUUGAAGGACUUUCUGGGUGAGUAACUUUGUUGGAAUCCUAUGUAUUUGGGCAUGUUCUAAAUUGAAUAUGUAAGUGAAUUUAGAUUCCAGAUAUAAUGUAAACUAUCUUUAAAAUAAGGUUAAUACAUAUUGGCCCUAGUAGUUAUUGAGCUUCUUCUAAUGAAAACUAACAUGUAUAACAAAUAAGUUUAACUCUGGUAAUUAAAAUGUAUGCAUAACUUAAGGAUUUUUGUUUGAUUUGUAUGCAAACCUUUGAAUUUCUGGUGUUCUGUAUCUUGCUUUCAUGAAACAUUAAUUUUCCAAAACUUUUUGAACAAUAUAUGGCCCAAAUCCAUCUUUCCCACAAAUUUUUCAACAUUUUUUUAUUUAAAAGACAUGUAAAUAUAAUAAAACAAAUGUCUUAUUUUGAACAUUUUGGUAUGCCUAUUUUAUUUUGUUUCAUCUCCUUUAAUUGAUCCAAUUUUUAAGUUACCACAGCACCACUGCAACAUGCUACAAUUAAAAAAAAACCAAUUGUAAUUAAAAAAAAAACUAUUCAGACUUAUGUUAGUCCAAAGGCACAUACCUUAGUAAUGAUUUCACUGAUUUCAAUCUUUAACAUUAUGGUUUAUUCAAAAUAAUUCUAGAUAUUGUACAUUUCUGAAUGUUCUCUUCAGUAAAAGAUAAUGGGCCCUAGACUAUUUUUAGGUGGGUGAAACACAAGAGACAUUUUAAUUUUGUACCCUCUGUGUAAUGAUAAAUAUUUGCUCCAUUGGUGACCUAAGUGCUUUCAAAACAAGUGACUGCUAUGUUAGGACUUUCUUGAAUGACUUAAUGUACAACUUGAAGCGCAGGAGAGAAAAUCAGUUACUCAGAUAGAAAAAGGCAUGACAACUGAAAUCCAUAUAUUUCUAUAAGACACCAGCUUGGAGAAAUUGUUUGUGAGUGUCAAUGCAGCUGUCUGUAUAUUGUGUGCAAACAUUACAAAUAGGACUUAUGAGUUCUGUCCUUCAGAAAACAUGUCAAUAUAACUAUAAGUGCCCUGUACUUUUGCUUGUUGCUUGAAAGAAAUUAUUGCAUGUUGUUUUUGAGAAUUUUAAUGAUUCAGUUGAAACCUGUACCUCAGUAUCUCAGAUAUGGAUGUGCACAGGUUUUCCUAACUUACUUUAGCCUUCGUAUUAGUACUUAUUAUAUAGCGGUACUGGGGGUUGGAGUGAGGUUGA